AUGGACGGCCGAAGUCGCGCAGCAAGCGACGACUCCGACCUCGAAGAAGAAAUGAUGCGCGUGAACGUCUUCGACUACGAGUGGAGACGCCAAAUGCACGUGGGGGACCAAGUGGACGCCCAAAACGUUUUCGGCAACUGGUGUCCGGCCAGAGUGAUGCAAGUCGCGGACGGCGAAGCGCUGCUGCAGUUCCUCAACAUGCACGACUCGUGGCGGCAGUGGCUCUCGGUGGACUCCGGUCGGCUUGCACAGCCUGGCACCAAGGCACGAAACGACAGUGUGCCCGUGCGUCAGGCUCAGCAGAUUGAAGUGCGUCCUGGCGGAGGGAACAGCAGCUUGUGGAAGGAGGCUUUUGCUGUGAGGGCUCGUGGAGGAACGGUGCUGGUGCGUUAUGCCGGACGCGACCAGAAGUUCGAUGAGUGGAUUCCGUUCACGCCCGCGACGGUGGCCCCUGCUGGCGAUCACUUGCAGCUUCGUGGGCGCGGUAGCGCGUUGGAGCAGAGAAAGAUGGUAGUAGAUGCUCCGAAUGUGACCCACCGUCGCGUGAUUCAGGCUCAAAACCCGAGGUUUACGCACUACCGUGAUUCGCUGCAGGCGACGUUGGGGCUGAGAAUCCACGAUAUUGAGGGGGAUGGCAACUGUCUUUUCCGCUCGGUGAGUCACCAGGUGUAUGGGGAUGAUAGCCACCAUGCUCUUGUUCGUGCAGCGUGCAUGGACUAUAUGGAGAGUGAGAAGGAAUACUUCGAGCCGUAUGUGGUUGGCGACAUGGCGGCAUUCAUGCGAUAUUUGCGCUAUAAGCGACGUGACGGUGUGUGGGGGGACGACCCAGAGCUGCAAGCCUUGUGCGAACUGUACGACCGCCCUGCCGAAGUGUUUGCCUAUGAUCCGGUGCAGGGUUUCCGGAAGCUUCGGUGCUUCCAUGAGAACAGCGCGUUAUCACGUAGUAGACCUCCCAUUCGGUUAAGCUACUACGGAGGAGGCCACUACGACUCUCUUGUCGGUGCCGAUCAUGCAGCGAAUUUGAUUCGAGAGACGCCCGGCCAGUGGGAACAACGGCAUAUCGAAUACUCCCAUCGGAUCAACUCGCGCGAAACGCACGACGAUGUUGCUGGUGUGGAGCAACAGGUACAGGCCCAGUCUGACCGUGAGCGCACAGAAGUUGAGCAGCUUGAACAGAUUCUCAUGCAAUCUCGAAACGAGUUUGAUGCCAUGGAUGCAAGCCUAGAGGAAACGCUGAAGUUGUCCCUGGCAGAGCACGGCGGUGAGGCUUCGCCAGCCCUAGCUAACCGAGAGCGCAACGAUAUUGAAGAGGCAACGCGAGAGAGCGAGAUGGCUGCAAUUCAGGCUGAAUUGUUGGCCAAAGCAAAGGCAGAGUCCGAAGAAGAGCAUAUGAAGACUGCCAUCCAAGCAUCUUUAGGUGGCCACGCGCUGGUCAGCGAUGGGGACUUCGAUGCGCAAAUGUCAGCAGCUAUCCAGGCGUCACUCGGAGAUGCUGGCCCUGGAGCAAGUAUUCACGCCGAUGACUAUGACGAGCAAUUGCGUCGGGCUAUGGAGUUAUCCGCCCAAGAGUACGCACCUCCAGCGCAGCCAUUUGGACUGUACGGAGACGAAUCAGCCAGCACAGAUGAAAUGGAUGAGCUGCAACGCGCGAUCCAAGCUUCAUUAGAGCGCUCUUGA